GACCGUAGGAGGGAAUCCUCCUGGCACGGCCAGCGCCGGACAGCUCGUAAAACCUGUGCAGCCUGAGGACUCGCGCUGGAUGCCGGUGUGGACCCGGAAGCAGGCGGAGGGGAGCAGCCUGGCGCCCGCCCCGAGGGAUGUCGGGACCAAGGCCUGUUGUCCUGAGUGGGCCUUCUGGGGCCGGGAAGAGCACCCUGCUCAAGAGACUGCUGCAGGAGCAUGGCAGCAUCUUCGGAUUCAGCGUGUCCCACACCACGAGGGACCCAAGGCCUGGAGAAGAGAAUGGCAAAGAUUACUACUUUGUGUCCAAGGAGGUGAUGCAGCGGGACAUUGCUGCCGGGGACUUCAUCGAGCAUGCCGAGUUCUCGGGGAACCUUUAUGGAACUAGCAAAGCGGCUGUGCAGGUGGUGCAGGCCAUGAACCGAAUCUGCGUGCUGGACGUGGACCUCCAGGGUGUUCGGAACAUAAAGAAGACUGACCUGAGGCCCAUCUACAUCUUUGUGCAGCCGCCCUCGCUGGAAGUCCUGGAGCAGAGGUUGCGGCAACGGAACACGGAGACAGAAGAGAGCCUGGCCAAGCGGCUGGCCGCUGCCCGGGCAGACAUGGAAAGCAGCAAGGAGCCCGGCCUGUUUGACCUGAUCAUCGUUAACGACAGCCUGGACAAGGCCUACUGGGCCCUGAAGGAAGCACUCUCGGAGGAAAUCAAAAAAGCCCAAAGGACUGGCUGUUCCUGAGGAUGCCAACAGCUGUGUCCUCCCUGGACAGGACCCUGCACCCACCCUGGUGGCCAGGGUGUCCCCGGCAAGAUGGCUCUGCCGCUCUCUCCUUGCUACCUUCGCACAUUUCUGGGUGCCCCCCAUCAGUCCCCCUCUCCUGUGGGAGCUGGGCUGGAGUCCUAAUAAAGAGCAGCUGGUGAGAGUGGCCUUGAGCCCGU